CCUAAUGCAAUAGAGUAAUAAAAGAUGGCGGCCUUUCUGGGGUAUCCGAAGCGGAGGGUCUUUAUCCAUGCAGCGAGCGAGCAGGGGAGCGAUGCGCAAAUUCUGGCUACGAAGGUGGCGUUCGUGCCGCCGCCUGCCGAGAUCAACGACAUUUCGGGUUUGUUCAACUGGUUAGAAGCCAGGCACCAGGUGGAAGAUGUGCUUACGGUGCGCGGUUGGAUGCGGCUUGCGCAGCAAGAGGGGAGUCUGCCGUCCGAGUUCGACUUGCACGCCAGGAGAGCAAAGCAGGAAGUCGUGCCGACAGGAGUUUGUGAGUGGGGCGAUAGCUUGGCCCUCAAAAUCGCCCCGUCCAGCAUCAACAACGAGAACUAUAUGCUGCUACAAGGUAUAGAUCCUACAACAGGUCUCCGGCUGCCCAAGAUCCCGGCGUUUUCCAACUAUCGCCCUCAGCAUGCCAAGCCGCCAAUACCCUUGACGCUCGCUCAUCCAGUGUUUGCAAGGUUUAAGGAUGUUUUCCAUGGACAGGGCCAGCAACCGGAUAGGAACGAUUACAAGUUCUACCUGAAGAUAGCAAGUGCGUUUUCAAGCUGUUACACAGAUGAAGCGGACUACAAGGACGAAGCAGCUGAACUUUGGAAGCAAUACACGGGCAUCGAAUUCACCAACGAGCUUAAUACCGGGGGUGGCACUUUGGGGGCGCGGCUUUUCGCUCUGAAAGCUAUUCUGGCAGCACUGGAGGCGAAGUUGGGACCUUUCCGCAGCAAAAGUGAUCCGGGAGCACAAGCUCCGCAGUACGUGCGCCUGUGGAAGGGUAACAGGAAACGAUUCUACAACACUUGUUACCCCGCGAUUUCCAUCGAGCAGCUCGGUACUCUUGUCCGGGUGACUGCUGUAGCAACUCUGGAUCGCUUCUGCUGCAUGCCGCUUACGCCUUUCGUCAACUUCCUGCAACUCCAAGGUGACGAUGUCCGAACAGCUGAGCAAGGCGUCCGGUUAAUCUUGGCUGUGAAGGUUGCAUUGACGGAGCUCGCUGCUUUCUACACCAACUUCGAAAGCGGCCCACCGAGGGACUUGUUCUUCAAGAGGAGCACUCCGUAUCCGCUCCAGAACUGCGCAGCUGUGCCGAGACGUUUCGGAGAUAAGCUUGUCUACCUAGUGCAGCAUCCUGAAAGGCUUGUUGUCGUCAAGUUCGUGCAGCGUCCUUAUGGGGAAGACGUUCACAGGGCUUGGGCUGCAAGAGGUUAUGCCCCUGAGCUCUACGGGGUCUCUCUGCUUCAAGGAGGCUGGUGGCAGGUCAAGAUGCAAUAUCUGGGAGAGGGUGACGGGUGGAAAGUCUUACAGGCGUGCCCGGAUGCGGAUGUGCUGAGGCCCAAGGUGCUUGAGGCUCUUGCUGCUGCGCAGCAGAUUCCCGUGACUUCUUCUUCAGCUUCAGGUGAAGUUGGCGUUGGCGGUGGCGUACAUGGUGACAUGAGGGACGUCAAUGUCAUGGUGCGCCGCUCGGCAGAUGGUACACUGGACGUGAAGUUCAUAGACUUCGACUGGGCUCGGGCCGAGGGAUCGACGUCGGCUUACUACCCGCCGUUUAUGAAUCACCUGCAGGUUAACUGGCAAGGUGGGGAGGAUGGCAAGCCGAUGAAGCAGGAGCAUGAUACUGCUCUGCUGUCGCUGAAGCAAGCGGCCCAGUCGCUCGACGCUAUGGCAAGUCCACCAUCGAGUUCGUGGGGACCUUUCUAGCCUCUCGUAUGCCUUUCAGAGAAUUCUGGUGAAGGAGUUUACUCCACUUGCUACUGCUCCGUUAGACUUUGGAAUCCGCAAUAUCCAGGACAGCCUUUACGCC